GCCGCACAAGGCGAGGGAGGGCUUUUCAAAAUCACACCAGUACUUCUUCUUGGUCACCCUGCAGUUGAAUGCUUUAACGAAAGACGUUAUCCUCUCGGCCAACUGCAUCUGUUUCGAGGAUGAGUUCAGUUGAUGUGAAUGAUGAGAAUCGUGGCGUCUGCCCGGGAGGAAAGCAGAACGGCUCAAUUAACGACAUUUUUGCCCUGGAUCAGCCAACUGGGAGGCCGUCCAUCCUGCGCCAGACAGAGAACCUGCCCAGCAAGACUGUGCCAAAGGGGGCAAAGGUUUGUUUUCAGACUCCAAGAAGAGACCCUCAGACGAAAAGAAUUCUAUCUCCCUCCAAGUCUGUCAAGAUGACAAGUGUGGACGAAUGUACGAAAGCAAUGGAGACCUUAAAUCUGGAUCAAACAAAGACUUUACCACAAGAUGCCACUGAGCUGCCAGAUGAGCCCAAACAAGAAGGAUCAUCGUAUCCUGAUGACGACAUGCCGAUACAAAGCAAGGGAGGCUAUCAGCUGGAUUUUGAAAACCUUGAGGCUAUGAAUCCAUUUCAGGGGUCUAAUAAGAUGAUGCUCUCUCCUGCGAGGCCUGCAGUUGAAAUCCCUCCUGCAGAUCAAGCUGAGUCUCAGCACACGCAACAAGAGAAUAUCUUGGCAGAGCCUCCCAAAAUAGAAUCUGCACUAGAUGAAACGCUUCCGUUUACCCCGUCCGUGGAAAACUCGCUGGUUGACGUCUCCGCCGACAUCAGUUCCACAGACAGCAGUGUGGUCACGAUGAUGAAGGUCCCAGCAGAGGACCAAGAGUCGUGCACUGCCACACCUGAUGAAAAGCAACCUGCUCAAAUGUCUACGAGUGUUGAUGAAGGCAAAGUAUCGGGUAGUUUUGUGGAAGAUGCUCCAUUGCCAGUGAAAGGUUCUUACUCCUUGGAUUUUGACGACCUUGACGCAAUCAAUCCUUUCCAAACCGGUGGCUCUAAAAUUCAGAAUUCCCCUGUCCUCGGGAGAAAGGUGCCAGAUAAUAAUCCACCUGCCGAGGAGACGCAGAUAAAGGAAAAUAAGCCCACUAAUGUUGUUGACAUGCCCGAGGUGGCUCAAGAGGUGCCUGUUCAACCCGAGGUGAAACCCAUAGCUGCAGUGGCCCCAAUCUCGGCCAAUGCUGCCAAACCUUCAGCUGCUGAAUCAGUGUCCCAGCCAGUCGAUGCCCCAAUCAAGGAGGGACCGGUCAAGCUCGAGUUCAAUUUCGAUGACAGCGGUGAGGUCAGACAGAAACCCCCACCCAAGAAAUUUGGCAAAAGGCCACCUGGUCUAAAAUCUAGAGUGGGAAAGCCCGCAACUGAUGUCAAACCAUCAAAAGAAACUCCAGCGAAGCCUGAUGCCGGUGAUGUUGCUGAUGUUCCGGUUUCCAAAGGCUCUUACUCACUUGACUUUGACAAGUUUGACAACCCGAACUUCAAUCCCUUUGGCACAAAAGCAAACAUGAACAACUCUCCGAAGGGCAGCAACAAAUCCAGCCCUGAUCUCAUGGAAGCAGACGUUCCAGAGCAAACGGACAAGCCUGUGGAGAAGGAAGCUGUAUCACCAGCAAGUAGUGCUGGAGAGAGUGUCCCAGCUGCUGAACCCAACCCUGGAGUGGGAUUUCAACUCGAAGCUCAACAUCCCAUUAAGAGUCUUCCCGAGCAGAAGUCACAGACGGCCCUGUCAGAAUUCAAUGACGAGUUUGUUCCUGGAACCAUGUUCAUGGCCAAUGACUUUGACGGACAAAUGGAUUACCUCGAACAGUUUGGGUCCAGCAAUUUCAAGGAGUCGGCGUUACGGAAACAAUCCUUGUACCUUAAAUUUGACCCCCUCCUGAGAGAGAGCCCAAAGAAGUCUGCAGGCCCGGCUGCUCAGACCCACGUCCCUCGCCCCGGUGCCUUUGUUUUACAGCUUGCAGCUCCUCAGAUGACAGAUAAAGUGACUGCAAACAGACCACAACAAGAUGAUUUCAAACUGUUUGACGAUUCUACAGCACUAACUCCUCAAAUCUUUGAGAGCCUCGUCCCUCCUUUCCACCAGCCAGCAAACACGGAGGAUGCUAUUAUUGAAGUGCUGAAGUACAGUCAAAGAGACAUGGAUGCAGCCAUCGGCAUGGUCCAGGCAGAAGCAAAGGAAAAAGAUGAGCAGUGGAGUGCAAAGUAUAAAAAGCUUCUUGAAGAUGGUCAGGAAAUGAGGAAAAUAAUUGCAGAAUUUGAGCUUAUGAUUGCAAAAAUGAUGGCUGAUCAAGAGAAGGAGAGGGAGGUGUCCCAGGCGAAGCUCAAUGAGGCCCUGCUGGAGAAGGAGCAAGUGUCCAGUGACCUGAACACCAUGGAGAGAUCUUUCUCUGACCUCUUCAAGAGACUGGAGAAGUACAAGGACGUUGUUGAGGGUUACAAAAAGAAUGAAGAGACUCUGAAAGCUUGCGCUCAGGACUAUCUCGCCAGGAUCAAAAAGGAGGAGCAGCGCUACCAGACCCUUAAAGCCCACGCUGAGGAGAAAAUUGGCCAUGCAAAUGAAGAAAUUGCUGAGGUGCGGUCCAAGAACAAGGCUGAGGUAUCUGCACUUCAAGCCCAGCUGCGUCGGGAGCAGCUGAAGGUACAGUCACUGGAGAAGAGCCUGGACCAGAAGGAGAAGGAGGCGGAAGAGCUCACCAAACUUUGUGAUGAACUUAUCACCAAAGUCCAGAAGGGUUGAGCUCAUUUGUAAAUACUGUUUACUUUAAUUAUUUUUUCUGUUUUUCUUUAUUGUUCGUGUCCUGAUCCUUUUCUUGUGUAGACUGUUGUUUGUCUUUGUUAAUGUUCUUAUAAUACUGUAAAAAAGUUAAUAAAGAUGAUUUACAAGUUUA